UAUAUAAUAUUAUCUUCAAUUCGAACAGUAUUGAGUAUGGAAGGUGAAGGGUGGGGUGGGUUCAGGGUGGAAAAUCACCAUGAUUCGUCUCAGAAUGAUGAUGAGAAGAUGAAGAUGAGAAUAAUAGGAGGGAAAGUAAAGGGGAUGAACAAGAAUUACAGUUUCGAGAAGACGAGCAUGAGAAAAAGAGUAACUAGUUACGACGUAUCUUCCAAUAUUAUCUUUCUCUUUUUUCAUCUUCUCUUUCUCCAUGAAAACUGUGACUAUCACGAAUGCUCCAGAUAAUGUUAUAUAUUUUAUAAGGAGAAAAGAAGGCAAAGAUGAUAAAGGAAGAUAAAAGAAGAUAAGAGAGAGAAGAAGGUAGAAAGAGAGAAGAUGAAAACAUUUCCUUAACCAAGAAACAUUCUGUUCUCUGACUUGUUCACUAUUCAAGACGAACUUUUUUUUUCUUCCUCCGAAUUUUCAUCUUCAUCAUUAUCAUCUUUCUUAUCAUCUUCUUUCUUCUCAUCAUUUUGUGCUCUCUCUCUCUCUCAUUUUCUACUUCUCUUCCUCGAGUGUCAGUGUUUGUUUUCGUGUUUUUUUUUCGAAUUUUUAUCCGGAUUACUUAUCAUUCCAAUCGUCAACAUCAUCAUUAUCAUCUCCAUCUCUCUCCUUUCCUCAUUAAUGCACCUUAAGGAUUACGCAAAUCUAAAUGAUAAUCUGAUGAAUUUUUCACAACAACACCAACAAUAGUUUAAUUGUAACAAUUUGGUUAAUUUGUUUUCUUUUGUUUUUCUUACCAUUUGAUUGUUAAAUCAAAACAUCAUCCUGUGUAUUCACAUGUUGUGUUUACCUGCACCAAAGUGUGAGUUCAUCAUCUACAUGUGGGUCUAUUUUUCCGAUUUUUUUAUCAUUCCCUGGCUUCUUAACCUUCCCUUCAGCUCAGCGUCCGUAAGCUUCCGAGAGCAAGAGAAAAAGAUUCUCGACUCAAUCAUCGGUCAGGGUGCUUACGAUAGACGCAUCAGACCCUCUGGGCAAAAUGCAACCGCCGAUGGAGAUGGACCCUGUAUAGUUUCAAUUAAUAUUUAUCUUCGAAGUAUAAGUAAAAUAAGUGAUCUAGAUAUGGAAUAUUCUGUACAAAUAACUUUCAGGGAGGAAUGGAAAGACUCUCGUCUUCAAUAUCGAGAUCCAAGUGAAAAAAUUCGCUAUUUGACCUUAACGGAUCCCGAUCGAAUUUGGAAACCCGAUGUUUUCUUUACCAAUGAAAAAGAAGGUCACUUUCAUAACAUCAUAAUGCCCAAUGUCCUAUUGAGAAUCGGCUCAGACGGGGGUGUCCUUUAUUCAAUUAGGUUGUCGUUAAUAUUAUCCUGUCCAAUGAACCUUAAAUAUUAUCCAUUGGAUAAGCAAAAUUGUUAUAUCAAAAUGGCCAGUUAUGGCUACACAACAGAGGAUUUGGUUUUCGUUUGGAAAAAAACUGAUCCAGUUCAAGUUACUAAGCAACUUCAUCUUCCGACAUUCGCUUUAUCUGAUUAUAUUACCGAAUAUUGUACUUCCCGAACAAACACAGGUGAAUAUAGUUGUGUCCAAGUAAAGUUAAUUUUUCGCCGUGAAUUUAGUUACUAUUUGAUUCAAAUCUAUAUUCCCUGUAUAAUGCUUGUUAUCGUCUCAUGGGUUUCAUUCUGGUUAGACCCGAAUGCUAUUCCCGCCCGGGUUAGUCUUGGUGUUACCACUUUACUCACAAUGGCAACCCAAAUAUCCGGUAUUAAUGCCUCACUUCCGCCAGUCAGUUACAUUAAAGCAAUUGAUGUUUGGACCGGAGUUUGCCUUUUCUUUGUUUUUGGUGCCCUCCUUGAGUUUGCCCUUGUAAAUUAUGCUUCUCGAAGUGAUGCCCACCGGGCAGCACGUAAACGACACCAGGAACACCAACAGCAACAAGUUCAACAAGUAUUAGGGGGAGGAGGUGCUGGUGGUGGUGGUCUUGGUGUGGGAACCGGUGGAUUUGGUAAUCCUGGUGGUAUUGGAGGUGGUGGUGGUUUGGGACCUACAGGAUUUGGUAUGGCUGCUGGUUUCCCUCCACCUCCACCCAAAUGGGAUUCAGCCAUGGGUUGGGAACCACAUCAACCACUUCCACCCCACCCUGGAUCAAUGGAGCCUCAACCCACCAAAUGGGAGGCUCGAGUUGACAUGAAACCAAGAGGUUUCCAAUAUUCAUCUGAUAAUUUCCAUUCAUCAAGAGCAUCUUAUGUAAUGAAACCAGUACUUCGUGGACCGGCCCCAUCGCCGAACCCGCCGGUGUCCAGUAAUAAAUUCCGUCAAGUGGAAGUUCGCACUGCCCCUUAUAAUCAGAACUUUUUAUCUCGUUGGUUCUCAGCGUUUCAAACUCGAUCCAAACGUAUUGAUGUUUUAGCACGAAUUUUAUUUCCUCUAAUGUUCAGUCUGUUCAAUGUCGUUUAUUGGAUAACUUAUGUCGUGAUAUUGGGCUAAUUAACUUUAAUUUAGUUUAAAUUACUGUGGAGAGAAAGAGAGACAAAGAUGAUUAAUAUGUUUUACUUUAUAUGAUCAAGUUUAUUUUGACAAAAAUACUAAACAAUUUGGACAAAAACAAUCAAUCAAUUACCUUGGAUAUUUGAUUAUCAUCAAUGGAGAUGUAGCUCAACAAUUAAAAAUCAAAUCAAAUCAAUUAUUUGAUUAUUAUUAUUAUUAUAGUCAAUCAGAUGGACGGUCAAUU